AUGCCCCAUGACCAGAAGAAAUUCUAUUCCCUAAUUGAAAUUCUCACAAAUCUGAAAUGUGUACAAGCAACAACUGGAGUAAUGUCUAAUGGAAGCUGGACUCAGAAACCAUUGCUGUCCAUCUUAAGAAGCUGUGGUGGCGGAUCACACUCAACUGUAUGGGAAGUACAGUUACACAGAAGCGAAAAACACGAGUCUGUAAAGGACAAAAAAUACGCUACUAAAAUAAUCAUAAAGAAGAACGGAAACUACUAUUUUAAUAUGGAGAAAAGAGUUAUACAAGAGGCCAAGCUUUUAGUAGAACUCAAGCACCCGCACGUAAUCAAAUGCUAUGGUGCUUUUGAACAUGCUGCAGCUUGGGUUAUUAUAUAUAAAUUGGCAACUGAAACCUUAGCUGAACGACUCAGAAAGGUAAAACGUUUCGAAGAAAGGGAAACUCGAGGCUUUAUCAGACAGCUUAUCAAGGGGCUGGCCUAUAUGCACUCGAAACACAUUCUACAUGGCAAUAUACAAGGAGAGGAUUUUGACAUUAUCAUUGCUGGAUUUGGUUUCGCAGCCGAGGUCACUUUGGGUCAGUUCCGAGAAAACAUGUAUGCGAGGCAGAAGCAAGGGUAUAUGGCGCCGGAGCAAUAUAGUGAUAUGUUCAACGUUGCAAACGACAUGUGGUCUGCAGGUGCUAUUGCAUAUACCUGUCUAACCGGGUCCGAUAUCUUCGGAGAUUUCAAAAGUUACUGGAACAUUACGCAAGAUAUAGAGGAAACAAUCCAGGAGUUAAUCACAGGUGCAAACGCAAUUUAUUAUAUUCAGCAACUACUAGAGGAAAUGAGGAUUCGCUGUCAUAUACCUGGUCUUGGGAAGGAAUUCCUUCAGCAAUGCUUGGAGAAGGAUCCAAAACAAAGAUUGACCACAAGGCAGGCUUUGGGCCAUAAGUGGUUGAAAAGGGGCGAGAGCAAAGGCGAGACAAACCCUACUCCUGUGCACUCAUUGAACAAGAAGAAGCUGGAUGAACCUGCAGGCACUAGAGAAUUAAAGGUGGACAAAAGUUCCAGUUCAAGGAGAGGCUAUGGAUCAGGAUGGGUCGCGGCUUUCACAAGACGCGGAGACAGUCAGAGAACUCAUAGCACGAUUGCCAAAGAGUCUAACAUGCAACCGGAAGGUCGAAAAAGGCCAUGGAGCCGUCGGCAAGACCGCUAA